AUGGGAGGAAGAUCAGUGCUCGCGCUGGCGAUCAUCGCCAUCGCGGCGGCGGCGACGACGCCAGCCGCUGCGGCGGUCGAGGGGGAGGUGAAGAAGUGCGGUGGGUGCUCGCCUUGCGUCGGCGCCGACUGCCCGGUGCUGUACCCGUCGCCGCCGCCGCCCGCGCUGCCUCCCCCGCCGCCGUACUACUACUACAGCCCUCCGCCGCCCGCGACCUACCCCGGGGCCGGGUGCCCGCCGCCGCCGGGCGCGUACAUCCAGAUCGGGAGCACGCCGCCGGGCAAGGGCCCGCUGUACCCGCAGGACCCGGGGUUCAUGCCCGCCAGCGCGCCGGGCCGCGCCGCGCCGCUCACGGUCGUUGCUGCGCUCGCGGCGUUCGCGUGCGCAUGGGCCUUCUUGUGA